CUGUCAUCAAGUUUGAUCGAUUUUCUGUGUUUGACAUUGCCGCUGUCAACGCAAAACGUCAACUCGGACAGGCUGCGAGCAAGCGAGAAACAGACCGUGCCGUUCUCUACUUCCGUGGUACUGUUACUGAUCUGUCACCAAAAUGACUAAGAAGAGGCGUAAUGGAGGACGCUGCAAGCACAACCGCGGCCAUGUGAAAGCCGUCCGCUGCACCAACUGUGCUCGCUGUGUGCCGAAGGACAAGGCCAUCAAGAAGUUCGUCAUCCGCAACAUUGUGGAGGCUGCCGCUGUCCGGGACAUCUCCGACGCUUCGGUGUACAGCUCAUACGUACUGCCGAAACUGUAUGCUAAACUGCACUACUGCGUGUCGUGCGCCAUCCACUCGAAGGUUGUCCGUAACCGUUCGAAGGAGGCCCGUCGCAUCCGUACGCCACCACAGCGAUCCUUCCCGAAGGACAUGAACCGACAACAGAAUGCUCAGCGAAAGUAAGCGCCGGAGCGCCAGUUGUUGUGGAUGCUCUGCUGCUGAUCGUCUUAGUGCGUGUCAUCUAACAUCAUCAAGACAGCGCUGAACGACGAUCAGGGAUAACAGCCGUGCGUGUGUAUUGCUUCGAUUAGGAUGGGAUUUGUUUCGUACCGGUUCGUGCGAAAAGAGUGUACUUUGCAUCCAAGUUUCGUGUUUUCUAGCAUUGUAAGUGCGAAGCAGAAGGUGGAGGAGAGUUGGAAAAUAUAAGGGCCACCCGUGCCGAAAGGAAUUCCAUCUAAUCGAAAC